GCAACCGUCUUGUGACCGAAUAUACACUUAAGCGUGAGAGUCUCGUAUGUACGUUUUAAUAUGAAUUUCUUGAACCAAUGAAGCUAGUUCAACUAAAAAGGACGGACCACAUAUAUUGCAGAAUAUAUACGUACCUGAAAACCAACAGUUUGCAUACUGCGCGUGCGCAAGAUUCUCCCCUCCAUUUUAAUCACAGAUGGGAACUGGCAUAUUUGAAUUUCAACCAACUGUCAAACGAAUACCUGUUGCCGGUGUGAUUUGUAGGAGAAGUUUUUCUUGCAUGAUAUAGUUUUGAUAUUCCAUUAAUUAAAACCAUGGAUGAAGAUGAUUACAGUGUUCUUCGACAGAAAAACAUAUCCGAGAGGAAUGCUUUCUUUGCAGAAUUCUUGAAAGACUUAAAAGAAGAAACAAACGAAAUUAGAAAAAUACGGAAAGAACAAUGGAAUAAAGACGAGUCUGAAAAUCAACCACCCAAAAAAAGACGCCGGACAAUUUCAGAAGAUUCGGAAAAUUUUCACGGCAGUGGUAUACGUUUACAAUUUCGUCGGAAGUACAAUACUAGAAGUAGUAAAAGACUGUCCAAUAUCGAUGGAUCUAACAAUUCCGAUAAUGAGGAUGAAGAGACUGAGUUGCUGGAAAAUAAUCGAUCCAGAGGUUUGAAGAUUUUAUUUCCUUGGGCAAAGCCAUUUCAACGCUCCAUUGAUUUGAUGAAAAUAGUAUGUGAUGUAGACGAGGAGAAUAAGGACGAUGAGGAGUAUAGCGACGAUGAUUUCAAUGAUAAUGCACGAAAGAGAAAACGAUUUAUUCACAGAGCUCAGAAACAAUAUGAUCCUGAUAAUAUACCGUCUGUUGAUGAGAUUACGGAAAGUAUGUUGAGAAAUGUAGCAAAAAAAUCUUCCAAAAAGACAUAUUGUAAAAUUAAAGGCACAAGCUGUCACCAAUGUAGACAAAAAACUCUAGAUACAAAGACAGUUUGUCGGUCAGGAGAAUGCGUAGGUGUCAGGGGACAGUUUUGUGGACCGUGCUUACGAGGUAGAUAUGGUGAAAGUGCAGUAGAAGCAUUAAAAGAUCCGAGUUGGGCUUGCCCACCCUGUAGAGGAUUAUGCAACUGUAGUAUAUGUCGAACCAGGGAUGGUCUUGUUCCUACAGGAAUUUUAGCCCCGCAGGCGCAGAAUGUAGGAUAUUCAUCUGUUAAGGAUUAUCUGCAAGCACAGGAGCUACAGGAUAUAUAG